AUGCAGUCUGGAUUUCGUGGUUUCCGCGGCAUGCAGGUCCACGCGGUGCCCGACGCAGACCGUGCAAUCGAUGCCUCCGGCCGCAAACUGCCAUGGGGCUACGACGUGGACCCUUCAGCAGCAGCAAGCCCGGAGAGGCGUGAACCCGUCGAGAAGGGGCCCUUUGGACGAAGUCAACGGCGGAGCAGAAGCGGCUUGACAAGAAGUCGGAGUAGGACGGCCGAGCCUAAGAGGGAGGAGGACCGCAUUCGCACGGAGCAGUUGGCGGCGGAGGAUGCGGUGUUUGGGGGGCUGCGGAAGGUGGUCAAAGAGGAGGAAAGCACUGCGAGGGGAGGACGCGAGGCGCUGACGGAGGUGGAUGGGAAUGCUGUUUCGCAGCCGCGAACACCGGCCCGUGAGACUGGCGAGCAAGAGGCUACAGAGGUGCUGCUCUUUGGCUUCGCCGACGAGUCCCAGUGGGCAGCUAUCGAUUUCUACGAACGCGUCUCUGGCGGCAGUAUUCUUGAGGACUACGAGCGCCACGCACCGACUCAGCGAAAUGACAUCUCCCGCAGCCUGAGUCGGACCGGUCGUCGACACAGUCUAAGCAGAGCAGCGCUCAAGAAGAAGAAUACCUUUGCUGGUGGUAGCCAUUGGAUUAAAGUCACCUUCAACUCGAGGGAGGCGGCGGAGUUGGCUUGUGCACGCUCACCUCAUAUCAUCAAGGGGAGCUUGGUGUACGCAGAGCCAUGGCAGGGCCGCGGACCGGGAAGAGACGAACACAUCCCCGCCACUCAAGCGGGGGCACAGAUUUCUGAUCCGACCCUCCCAUCAACCUUCUCGAGAAACACGGCCUUCCUAGAAGGCAGUCCAAACGGCUCAUCAACAACAGCCACCUCCGCCACCGCAAUGUCAACCCCAGGCCCCUCAUCACGACGCAACGCAGACGCAGUCCCCGACCGCCAACUCCCCUUCCAACCAUCCUCAGCCCUCGCCGCAACACCCGCACCCCAAACACCAGCCACCGCCCGCCGCAGAGGACGGAUAGAAGGCGCCACCCCCGCCCGCGUCCGCCCGGCAGAUCUCGCCCUCCUCCCCAAACCCCCGAAGCAAAGCUGGAGCGUGUGGCUCGGUACGAGCGAGGUCAUCGGCUCCUCCGUCCCUAAGAGGGAAGACGGGAGUUUCGAUUUCGACCGCGCGAGUCUGUACUGGAGGAUCUUCUACUUGCUGGAUGGGUGGUUGGGAACGGACUUUUGCGGGAUGAAGAUUGAUUGA